GUUCAAAAUUGAUUAUUCAGGGUGUAAACAAAAGGGUGGAACAUGGCAGAAUAGCACUUGAAUUUUUAAACGGACUUGUAUAUAGCGAUCAGGAGAGCAAGGAAUAGUAAAAAUCAGAUGUGCAACUCGCAAAAAAAAAAACUAAAAAAAGUUUAUAUACUCUCAAUUGUGUGAAAUAUUUUAGUAUGGUACUUGCAAACGGCGUAGAGUUUCUGGAUUGGGAAAAAUUUUGAUUGAAAGCUUAAGACGGCGUCGGAUUGUAGCUUGAGAAACUCUUCAUAUCCCGGCAUUUCCGUUCCUCUCUGCCUAAAUACUGCAACUCUAUUUGCAGUAUUUUAUUCUUCGAAUUCAAGUUCACAUGACAAGUCCAAAUCAAGCACAUUUCUCCAUCUCUGCUAGACUAGCAGAUAGUGGAAACUACGCGGAAUGCCUGGUUUGAACUGCGAUGUCCGGUUCAAUGCCCAGGCAGUGGUGUUGAUUCUUUUUACGCUGAUUCUGUUCGCUAGCUGCAGUAUGCCUUACUCCUGGUCAAAGAUGUUUGGUCUACCAGAUUAUGGUUCAACAGGUUCCUGGCGAUUUAGUCAUGGAUUAAGAAGAUACUUGGCAACCUUACGGUGGUUCAGCAUACCUGCAAGUGUAGGGUUUGCAUACAUCUGCUAUCAGCAGUAUUCACAUAUCAAGAAGAGAGAACAACGAAAGAUUCUCUCCAGUGCACCAGGAGAUCUCAUCGCUGACCAAUGGCUUGUUUCACUAUAUAGGAAGUUACCAUUCCGUGCCGUGUCUCGUGCUUGGGGAAGAGUAAAUGACAUAGAACUGCCAGUCUGGCUGAGAACACCUGUUAUUGGGUUGUACGCUUGGAAGUUUGCUUGUAAUCUUGAAGAAGCUGUUGUAGAGGACAUUAAAAGCUAUCCAAAUCUAGGAUCAUUUUUUUGUAGAGAGUUGAAACCUGGCUCCAGGCCAAUUGAUACAUCUGCAGUGCUGACUUGCCCAACAGACGGUUGCUUGUUGCAUUGUGGAGAGGUCCAUGGUGACGUUGUGGAACAAGUGAAGGGUGUAACUUAUUCAUUAGAAGCAUUUCUAGGGCCUGGAUUCCCUAGAUACAAAGACAAUAAGCCAGAUAAUGGCAAGAAGUUUUUCCAUUGCGUGAUUUACCUUGCGCCUGGAGAUUACCAUGCAUUUCACUCUCCAGCAGACUGGAAUGUCAGGCAACGGAGGCACUUUCCGGGUGAGCUACUAUCUGUCCAUCCAGGAGUACAAAGAAUCAUCAGCGGACUAUUCAACCAUAAUGAGCGUGUGGUGAUCAAUGGCACAUGGGAUCAUGGCUACUUUGCCUUUGCUGCUGUGGGAGCUACAAAUGUUGGCUCAAUUUAUGUCAAUUUUGAUGAGGGACUCAGAACAAACCAAGCUGUGCCAUUUAUACCAGGGUCAUACUCGGAGAUCAUGUUUGAUGGAAAUGGGGAGAAACAAGGGCGCUCACUUGCGAAAGGAGACCAGAUUGGGGGAUUCAAGCUUGGCUCCACUAUUGUGCUGGUCUUUGAAGCUCCAGAGAAUUUUAGGUUUUGUGUUGAACCAGGCCAAAAAAUCAAAUAUGGACAGCGUCUAGGUGAACUCACAUUAGAUUCAGAAAUGUAAAGCAUUGUAAAUAAUCUAUAUGAAUGAUACCAUGUAUUGUUGGCAGUAUGGGUUUUAGUUUCGAGUAAGACCUACAUAGGUACCUCUAUUUAGUGGCCACUCUACCAGGUCUUGAAAUAUUAAAGAAAAUUCAAAUUG